GAACGCUCAGCCCGUCUGCCCAUCAGGAGCUGGAUGACUUGUUGCUACUUCGCAACCAAAAUAAUGAAUCCUAUGCGGACGUUUGUUUUCGCCUCGCUGCUUCCUUGUACGCGCGUACACACACGCGCACGCACACACACACACGCAGACACUGUUAAAUUGUGUUUGUAAACUCUUGUCAAGGAUCAAACCGAUGGCAUGUCCAUGAAGGUCCACCUACUCAGCCGACACGGGAGCGCUUCUUCAGCAUGAGCACCUCUGGUCCGCCCUUGAAAAAGAAAAGCUACAUGGGGCAGCACCAGAUCAAGAAGAAACAAUGCAAAGUUUCCAAGCUCCUGAUGAGCCACCAGACGAAUGCAGACGGCACAUAUCAGGCAAAACCAACAAGAACAAGGACGGCCGGGUGGAUGCAGGCACAGUAUGUCUACUGGGAGAUUCCACAUUGGCUCUUGAUGAAGAAAUGCUACAGGUGUUGGAGGCUGUGGACCCGGUGAGGCCUGCAGCCGACAAUGUGCGCCCAACGGCAGCAAGCAUGGGUGCACGGCGAGGGUCGUCGUCAUCUUCUGUCUUUGACGGCGAUUGUGAGCAACCAGGGUGGCGAGUCAACUGCAAGGACCUUGCAAAGAGGAUCCUGUUCGGUGAGGACUCUGGGGAAGCGGAUCAAGCUCGGACGGGCCCGCCGAGCAUCCAGCCGCCGCCGCCGCCUUCCACAAGCACCAAUGCACCAUCCUGCCAGGACACACAAAUCCGUCUCCAAGUAGGCGGCUCCAACAAGAUGCUUCCACCCGUAAAAACAAGCUCUCAGUGUGGUGAUGACAGAGGUGGGUCAAGCGUGAGUGCUGACCCCCCUCUGGAUGUAUCCAGGGACUUCAUCUUGUUCAGUCCCACCCGCCUCGCAGCCGCCGCGAAGAGGGCCAGACUCCAGCCGUCGCUCCAGAACCAGUCCGCCUCCGUGCUCGCUGUGCCCAGCGGUUUAGACCCGAGUGCUCUCGACGACACUCUGCCUCAGCAAGGCAUUGCCCUAUGUGCUCCCGCGGGGCAAGCCGACAAGCUGCUGCUAUCCAACUGGGGCUUACCAAAACCUGUCCUGGAGCGCUACCAGAAACACGGUGUGACUCACAUGUUCGAAUGGCAGGCCCAGUGCCUCGCUGCCGGACAGGCGCUGCAGGGAGGUAACCUGGUGUACUCUGGUAAGAAGCCCAAACGCCUCUCUACGGAGGGAUUCCCAGAGUCGGUCGCUGCUUUCCCCUUUUUAGAAGUCCUUCUUUCUUCAGCCCCUACGAGUGCUGGAAAAACUCUGGUCUCGGAGCUGCUGAUGCUGAAGCGUGUGUUGGAGACUAAAAGAAAAGCCCUCUUCAUCCUGCCAUUUGUCUCCGUGGCCAAAGAGAAGAUGCAUUACUUUCAGAGUGUAUUUGGAGAGGCAGGCAUUCGCGUGGAGGGCUAUAUCGGCAGCACCUCGGCCGCUGGAGGGUUCGCGGCGCUGGAUGUGGCUGUGUGCACCAUAGAAAAAGCCAACUCUCUCAUUAACCGACUCAUUGAGGAGGACAGCAUGGGUCUACUAGGUAUGGUGGUGGUGGAUGAGUUGCAUAUGGUUGGUGAUUCGGGAAGAGGAUACCUACUAGAACUGCUCCUAACCAAAAUCCGCUACAUUGCGCAGAAGCAGAACGCCACUGGGUCUCUCUCCGAGGGCGUGCAGAUCGUUGGUAUGAGCGCCACCUUGCCCAACCUCGGCCUCCUGGCCAGCUGGUUGGGUGCAGAGCUCUACCAGACGGACUACAGGCCCGUGCCCCUGCAGGAGCACCUCAAAGUGGGCUGCAACAUCUACGACAAGAGCCUCGCUGUGGUCCGGCGGUUCACUCCGGCGCUCCACGUUAAGGGCGACGACGACCACAUCGUGAGCUUGUGCUAUGAGACUGUGAGGGAGGGACGCUCUGUGCUGCUGUUCUGCCCCUCGAAGAUUUGGUGUGAGAAGCUGGUGGACAGCAUCGCCAGAGAGUUCUACAACCUCAGGCAUACCGAACGUCGGGCCGAAGCGGAGCCCGAGCCGGUGUCUCUGGAUCGGGAUGGACUCGUGGACGUCGUAGCACAGUUGAGACGAACUCCAGCUGGUUUGGACCCCGUCCUCAAGAGAACUGUGCCAUGGGGGGUGGCCUUCCACCACGCUGGUUUGACAUUUGACGAGCGUGACGUGUUGGAGGGAGCUUUUCGCCAGGGCACCGUCAGAGUCCUGGCCGCCACCUCGACACUCUCCUCGGGGGUUAAUCUCCCGGCUCGCAGGGUCAUCAUUCGAACCCCUACCUUCAAUGGCCACCUGUUGGACCCGUUCACGUACAAACAGAUGGCAGGACGAGCGGGGAGAAAAGGAGUGGACACUCUCGGUGAGAGUGUGCUGGUGUGUAAGGAGGCGGAGCGUCAGAAAGGUAUCAGUCUCCUCAAGGGGGCUCUUCAGCCAAUCAGCAGCUGCCUGGUGAGAAGGGAGGGAGAAGGCGUCACCACCAGCAUGCUGCGAGCCAUCCUGGAGAUCAUUGUCGGAGGGGUUGCCAGCACUCCACAGGAUGUGCGGUCGUAUGCUUUGUGCUCGCUACUGGCUGCCAGCAUAAAAUGUGACGGCAAAAAAGAGUCAAGCGAAGAGACCAACCGAGGAGCUAUUGAGGCCUGUGUUGAAUGGCUGAUGGAGAACGAAUUUAUCAGUAUCCAGAGGGACGAACAAGAGGAGCGGUACCGUCCCACUCAACUCGGUGCUGCCACCCUUUCCUCGUCCCUCUCCCCUCCCGAGGCUUUGGGAAUAUUUGCAGAUCUCCAGCGGGCCAUGAAGGGCUUUGUGCUGGAAAAUGACUUGCACAUCCUUUAUCUGAUCACCCCGUUGUACGCCGAGUGGACCACCAUAGACUGGUACCAGUUCUUCUGUCUGUGGGAACAGCUGUCGUCGUCGAUGAAGAGAGUCGCGGAGCUCGUGGGCGUCCAGGAAGGUUUCCUCGCGAGAUCUGUCGGCGGCAAACUCGUCGCCAAGACGGAGAAGCAGCGCAGACAGAUGGCCAUUCACAAACGGUUUUUCACCACCCUUGUGCUCCAGGAUCUGGUGAACGAGGUGCCUCUGGGAACGGUGGCCUCCAAAUACAACUGCAAUCGUGGGCAGCUGCAGUCCCUCCAGCAGUCUGCUUCGACAUAUGCAGGUAUGGUGACGGUGUUCUGCAAGCGCCUGGGCUGGCACAACAUGGAGCUGCUGCUUUCCCAGUACCAGACCAGGCUGAGCUUCGGCGUCCAGAGGGAGCUGGUCGACCUCGUCAGGGUGUCCCUGCUGAAUGCGACGCGAGCCAGAGCGCUGUACGCACAGGGCCUCUGCACCGUCGCUGAACUAGCCCGGGCUACCCUGGCUGAUGUGGAGAAAGCCCUGAGGAACGCUGUGCCAUUUAAGAGCUCGAAGCGCGCAGUGGAUGAGAGCGAGGGGGAGGCGGCUGAGAGACGGAGCCUUCGCUGCGUCUGGGUCACCGGCGGCCGGGCCCUGACGGAGCAGGAGGCCGCCGUUGAGAUCGUGUCUGAGGCGAGGCUCCUCCUCCGGGAAGACCUGGCCCAGUUAGGAGUGCGAUGGGACCCGGCGACCCUUCCAUCGGGGGCUCCUGCUGCGAACAGCCCCGACGGUUCAGAGCCCUCAUCACCAUCACAGCUCAGCUCACAGCAAACACUGGACAACAGCAAAGAAGAUCACCAGCAAGGAGACGGGGUCAAGGGGGAGGGAAAGGAGAAUAAAGACGAAGAUAGACCUGAGGAAGGUAUGUCUGAAAGGAAAAUGGAGAAAGCAGAAGGGGACAGAGACCGAGGGAACUCCAGAAAGGAAGACGGGACGGAGCCAGAAACCAGACGAACGGGAGAUGUAGUGCAAGUGGAGAGAAGCAAAGAAACGCAACACUGCAAGCCUAUUACAAAAUCAUUAAUGGCAAAUGACUCAGAAGAUCCAGAUGAAAAAAGAGAAGAGCAUGCAAAGUCAAAGCAAGGAGGGGUAGAGCGUGAGAAAGCAAAGCCGGAGGAAGGCGAGACGAGUAAAAGAGUCGGACCGGUGACUCGCCGGGCGACCCGUCCUGUUCCUGAGCGGAGCCUGACGCAGGACCUGGCCGAGAUCGUGUCGAGCCCCCUGUUUCGAGCAACGGCGCCUCCCCAGCCAUCUCCUCCCCCUAUGCCUCCCCCCCGCCUUCGAGCUCCGUCAUCCCGAGCAGAAGAACAACACCGAGCUCCAACAGGGUCGUCGGACGGAGACGGUGCCACAGGGGUCGUUGAGUCACCCGUCCGACCGGGAAGGCUGAAGCACUCGAGAGCCUUAAGCAAAGUCCUCCACUCUAUACACAAUGAGAAAAGCCUACUGGACCAUGUAGAACCCUCUGAGGUUCCCUCGGUCCAGAACCCUGCACCUGCAGGCCGGGUGCCUUCAACCAUUCAAGCUGCUGAAGGAACCCCUCCCGGGGUUUCCGCGUCUACAGCUGCAGACGUGUUGCACUCCCCCCGGAGCGCCACGCCUGCCUCCGUUCCAUUGUUCUCGCCCGAGGCGAAGCGGCGGAGGAUGAACGUCGGAGAGGCCGAUAAGUUCUCGUCUCCCGAGCUGUAUGCGGGAGAAGAAGAAGAAGAAGAAGCUGAGGGACGUGUUAAAAGAGGAGGAGAGAGUUUCGGCGACAGCUUUGAAUUGGACACCCAGACUGAGAGACUCAUGGUUCAGCAGGCAUGCCAACGCAGAGGACCAGAGGGGAACCGAGAGGAGGAAGUGGUAGAUGUCGCUGUGGAGAAGGACACACAUGAGGGGAGUAACGCUUGUCCCAGAUUCAAUAUUUCUCUCACAGACAGCCAGAUGGAGCUCAUCCUUGACACCAGCCACCCGAUUUCUCCAGGUCCAGGUGGGGAUGACGUGGUUGAGGGUGGUGACGAGGACGCCAACCCGGCUGCCUCCGAGAGCGUCAACAGAAGCAGCAGCUUCCUGUUCGACAGCCUGUACGAAAGCCCGCCGCGGCUCCCCGGCCAAUCGGACGACGAGGAGAUCGUUGGCCUGGAGGCCGGAGGCCCCCUUUUGUCGACCCAGGAGCGAAGGCGCAGCGAGCUCCUCGCCAACCAGGAGGCGGAGAAGCAGGAGGCCGUGCAGUGGGGCGAGUCCUCCUUCAACCUGUCCGAGUGGGGCGACUCGCUGCUCGUGGGCCAGCACUUUCUGGAGAGGCGGAGCUUGCUCAGACACGCAGAGAGAACUCCUGAAGCUCAGCGACCCGCCGCCGAGCCGCAACCCAGACCCAGUCAGAUGCAGCCCCGCCCCACCACUGAGACCACAACUCGACACGAGGACGACGAGGACAAAGACGGCAAGAAUCCAGGCCUCGCACACAAAACUAAACGGCACAUUAACGCACACGGUGUCAGUGAAGCAGGCCGGAGACAGGGAGCGAUAAAUGAAGAGGGUGAAAAUGGUAAGCAAGUAGAAGGGAAAGAGGAAAUGGAUGCUUUGCUGUUGGUAAAUGCAGUUUUAAAACACCCGCAAGUCCAGAACGCACCCGAAAGCUCUUUUAAUUGCAGCCCUGGGUUGCAAGAGAUCUUUGACCGCUGGCCUAGUAUGUCUGACCAGCCCUGGCUGAACACCACUACGGGCCUCGGAGCCGGCAAAAACGCUGCAAAUGCGGCAGCCGUCCCAGAUCAACCUCUGCCCUCGAUGCAGGGGGUCAGAGACGGGGCGAGCUCGGCCGUCCAGGCGGACGCUGCGGGGAGCGAUCCUCCAGAGGACCGGCACGACCUCAAGAUUGUAACGGAGAGACCCGGCUCUGCUGGCGACCUCAUUCCCCCGACUCAGGAGACCCCGCCCGUCACCCCCAGAGUAAAACUGACCACCUCAUCCGUCCAGUCUCCUCUCGUCGCUCGGCCACUCGACCGGUCGACUCCCUCGGCCCUUGUGCGGCGGAAAUCUGCGAUCGCGAAUUGCCCCGGAGCUCGUCCAGGACGCGGCAGUCCUCCGUCAGAAGCUGCCACUCGCACCAAGCAGUCGGGUUCCACGUCGGCUCGCAGCGAGUCCGCUUCAGAACCGGAAUCCCCGCCGCACGCCAGCCGCAGCCUCGGCCCUCCCCGAGGCCGAGCCUCUCCGUCCUCCCCCCGGCAGAAGCUUCCCUCUAACGCGGAAUCGCCCGGUGCUGACGGAGUAUUUACCUCGCAGCUGUCCCAGGAGGCGACGCUCUCUUCCGGCAGCUCGGGGGGGACGUUCUCCAUCAUCGACGUGGCGAGUGACCGGCGCCUCUUCGACGCCUUCGUUAACGAGUGGAGGACGAAGGAGCGCUACUCUCUGGCCUUGGCCUGUGAAAAGAGGGAGCAGGGGCAGCAGCCGGAGGAGAAGGGGAAACACAAGAGAGAGUCUGCAGCUCAGCAAAAGCUCCACGGGGCCGACGGUUUUCCGGUAAGAGAGAGCGAUGGACUGGUGUUGAUCGGACUGUCGGUCUGCUGGGGAGCAAGAGACGCGUACUACAUGUCUCUGCAGCAGGAGCAGAGCAAAGGUUUGAGCGCCAGUCUGGCCCCUCCCCCGCUGGACGCAGACUUGCCAGUGAGCGAGAGGCUGCGGCAGGUGAAGACCUGUCUGACGGGGCCGGCGGCCGCCACCGCCGCCGCUCACGUUGGGGGCGUGGCUGUUGCGUAUGACAUCAUCAAGGUGUACAAGAGGCUCGUGCUGAGCUGCGGCGUCAGCUUGGAGGCAAACUGCGAGGAUCCCAAGGUUGCGUGCUGGCUGGUGGACCCCGGCAGCGAGGAGAGGACUCUGCCCAACAUGGUGACCGUCUACUGUCCUGAAGAGUUGCCUCUGCUGGACGGACUUGGGAACGCACACGCCCACUGUCCCCGCGUCAGGGCGGCGACGGAGAGCGUGCUCGUGCUCUCCGUCAUGAGGCGCCUCGCCGGGCUGCUGGAGAAGGACGGCAUGCUUGGUGUAUUCCGGAGCGUCGAGAUGCCCUCCCAGGUGUCUCUGGCGGUGUUGGAGUUGAACGGGUUGGGCUUCAGCGUCCGAGAGAGCGAGAGACAGAAACACGUGAUGCAGGCCAAACUCGCGGCGCUGGAGUCGCAGGCGUACGACCUGGCGGGGCACAGCUUCUCCCUGACCAGCGUCGACGACAUAGCACAGGUGUUGUUCUUAGAGCUACACCUGCCUCCAAACGGCGACGUGGGCGGAGCCAAAAGCAAGAAGACUCUCGGCUACAGCAGGAGAGGAGCGGCCGGCCGAGUCCGGCUGGGCAAGCAGUUCAGCACCACUAAGGAUGUUCUGGAGAAGCUCCGCCCCCUGCACCUGCUGCCGGGCGUUAUUCUGGAGUGGAGGCGGAUCACGAACGCCUUGACCAAAGUGGUGUUCCCCCUGCAGAGGGAGAAGCGAUACCACACCACCCUGGCCAUGGACAGAAUAUACCCCAUCGCCCAGACACACACAGCCACAGGUAGAGUGAGCUUCACUGAGCCCAACGUACAGAACGUCCCCAAAGACUUUGAGAUCUCCAUGCCCACGGUGGUGGGGGAGAGCCCGACGUCACAAGACAGCCGUCACAUGACCGCCAAGUCAGGGAAGAAGAGGCGUUCAGGGGUCCCUCCAGCUGCCCCUGGCUGCGUAGAACCCGGCCUGGCCUUCUCAGUCAGCAUGAGACACGCCUUCGUACCAUUUUCAGGCGGCAUGAUAUUGGCGGCCGACUACUCUCAGCUGGAGCUGCGCGUGUUGGCCCACCUCUCCAAGGACCAGCGUCUCCUGCAGGUGCUGAACGGAGGAGCCGACGUGUUCCGUUGCAUCGCCGCCGAGUGGAAAAGCGUCGAGCCGGAGUCCGUGAACGACGCCCUCCGGCAACAGGCGAAGCAGAUUUGCUACGGCAUUAUCUACGGGAUGGGAGCCAAGUCUCUGGGGGAGCAGAUGGGGGUGGAGGAGGACGACGCCGCCUGCUACAUCGAGAGUUUCAAGUCCAGAUACAAAGGGAUCAACGCUUUUCUUCGAGAAACCGUGAAGAAGUGUGUGAAGACCGGCUACGUCCAGACUCUGAUGGGCCGCAGGAGAUACCUGCCGGCCAUCGCCAACGGCAACGCGCACGCCAAAGCACACGCAGAGCGCCAGGCGGUGAACACAACCGUACAGGGCUCGGCGGCGGACAUUGUUAAACUCGCCACGGUGAACAUCCAGAAACGACUGCGGAAAACAUAUCCCGACGCUCCGCUCUCUCACCAGCACGCGCGACCAGCCGGCGGUCGCCCCGGCGUCGGGACGUCUCGAGUCGGAGGGGCCUACUUCAUCCUGCAGCUGCACGACGAGCUCAUCUAUGAAACCAAGGAGGAAGACCUCAUUCAGGUCGCUCAGAUAGUCAAGAGGGAGAUGGAGUCAGCGGUGAAACUGUACGUGAAGCUGAAGGCCAAAGUCAAGGCGGGACCCAGCUGGGGAAGCUUGCAGGACCUGGAUAUAUAAUGUGAAUGUUUCCUGGUCGACAUGAAAUACUUGCGCUGAUUGUUCACCCCCCAAAUGUAAAUGCACAUGUUCUCCCUAUAUUGAAGAGAAGGCAGAUAUCUCUUACAUUGAGUUAUCUCUUAAGAGGAUAAAUAUGAAGUGUAGAUCUGUUUGGGGGGGUGAACUGCCCCUUUAAGAUUCUGUAAUGUUUCUACUGUACCAUCCUCAAAAAGCUGAAUUUUUUUAAAUUGCUACAUUAACAAUGAAAUGCAAGAUGCACACAUGAACUGUUUAAUGUAUUUAUAAAUAUAGUAUAUACACUUUUUAAAUUUACGGAUACCCCCAAUACAUGAGAUUUGUAUGCCUAAUGAUAAUCUAUGUAAUAUUACUUUGAACGUGUCAAUUUGUUUUCUCUAUUUUGCAAUCUUGAGAUCACAUUUUAUGAAAUAUAAAUCCUGACUUCAAAUGUCA